CGACUUUUCAUGGAGAUGGCUGACGUGAUGGCUGCCGAGGGAUGGAGGGACGCAGGCUAUGAGUUUGUCUGCAUUGAUGACUGCUGGAUGGCACCGGCGCGGGAUGAAUGUGGCAGGCUCCAGGCUGACCCAAAACGGUUCCCCAGCGGGAUCCGCAAGCUGGCCGACUACGUCCACUCCAAGGGGCUGAAGCUGGGAAUCUACAGUGAUGUCGGAAACAAGACAUGUGCUGGCUUCCCUGGCAGUUACAACCACUAUGACCUGGAUGCUCAAACGUUUGCCUCCUGGGGCGUGGACCUGCUGAAGUUUGAUGGCUGCAACUCUGGCACGUUGGAGCUGCUGGCAGAAGGUUACAGGCGCAUGUCUCUGGCCCUGAACAAGACUGGAAGGAGCAUUGUGUACUCCUGUGAGUGGCCUUUCUAUUUGAGGCCUGUGCAGCAGCCCAAUUACACAGAGAUCAAACAGUACUGCAAUCACUGGAGGAACUUUUUUGAUGUCUAUGAUUCCUGGAGCAGCAUCAAGAGUAUUUUGGACUGGACAGCACUUCACCAAGACAGCAUUGUGAAGAUAGCUGGGCCAGGGGGCUGGAAUGAUCCUGACAUGCUGGUGAUUGGAAACUUUGGGCUGAGCUGGGACCAGGCAGUGACUCAGAUGGCAAUGUGGGCUAUUAUGGCAGCUCCCCUCUUCAUGUCCAACGAUCUGCGGCACAUUAGUCCUGAAGCCAAGUGGCUGCUCCAGAACAAAGAGGUGAUUGCCAUCAACCAGGAUCUGCUGGGCAAGCAGGGAUACCAGAUCACCAAGGACAAGAACUUUGAGCUGUGGGAGCGGCCCCUGUCUGGCCAAGCCUAUGCUGUGGCAGUGCUGAACCAGCAGGAGAUUGGGGGACCCCAGAACUUCACCUUCUCCCUCACCUUCCUUGGCAAUGGGCUGGCCUGCAACCCAGCAUGCUCCAUCCAGCAGGUCCUUCCAGCCAGCAGGGACUGGGGGGUUUACAGCUGGGUCUCCUCCCUGAGCUUGGAGGUGAACCCAACAGGCACUGUGCUGCUGAAAGUAGUGGCACUAUAGGAGGCACAAUCUUUUCAUAAGCCUCAGACUCUGUCUAAACUUCUUGUC